AUGACCAUGGCCGGGGGCAGGAGAGGACUGGUGGCCCCGCAGAACACGUUUCUGGAGAAUAUUGUCCGGCGGUCCAGUGAUACUAAUUUUGUGUUGGGGAAUGCCCAAAUAGUGGACUGGCCUAUCGUGUACAGCAAUGACGGAUUUUGCAAGCUGUCUGGCUAUCACAGGGCGGAAGUGAUGCAAAAAAGCAGUACCUGCAGUUUCAUGUAUGGGGAGCUGACUGAUAAAGACACAAUUGAAAAGGUUCGACAAACAUUUGAGAACUAUGAGAUGAAUUCCUUUGAAAUUUUGAUGUACAAGAAGAACAGGACACCUGUGUGGUUCUUUGUGAAAAUUGCUCCAAUUCGAAAUGAACAGGAUAAAGUGGUUUUAUUUCUUUGCACUUUCAGUGACAUAACAGCUUUCAAACAGCCCAUUGAGGAUGAUUCAUGUAAAGGCUGGGGGAAGUUUGCUCGGCUGACCAGAGCCCUGACGAGCAGCAGGGGGGUCCUGCAGCAGCUGGCUCCCAGCGUGCAGAAAGGCGAGAACGUCCACAAGCAUUCCCGCCUGGCUGAGGUUCUACAGCUGGGCUCAGACAUCCUUCCCCAGUACAAGCAAGAGGCACCAAAGACUCCCCCUCACAUAAUCUUACAUUACUGUGUUUUUAAGACCACGUGGGAUUGGAUCAUCUUGAUCUUAACCUUCUACACAGCUAUCCUGGUCCCUUACAACGUCUCCUUUAAAACCAGGCAGAACAACGUGGCCUGGCUGGUGGUGGAUAGCAUCGUGGAUGUGAUCUUUUUGGUGGACAUUGUGCUGAAUUUUCAUACUACCUUUGUUGGACCAGCUGGGGAGGUGAUUUCUGACCCCAAACUCAUCCGCAUGAACUACCUGAAGACCUGGUUUGUGAUUGACCUUCUGUCCUGUUUGCCAUAUGAUGUCAUCAACGCUUUUGAGAACGUGGAUGAGGUUAGUGCCUUUAUGGGUGAUCCAGGGAAGAUUGGUUUUGCUGAUCAGAUUCCACCACCCCUGGAGGGGAGAGAGAGUCAGGGUAUCAGCAGCCUGUUCAGCUCACUGAAGGUCGUCCGGCUGCUACGUCUGGGGCGAGUGGCCCGUAAGCUGGACCACUACAUUGAAUAUGGAGCUGCUGUGCUGGUGCUGCUGGUGUGUGUGUUUGGGCUGGCUGCUCACUGGAUGGCCUGCAUCUGGUACAGCAUCGGGGACUACGAGAUCUUUGAUGAAGACACCAAGACCAUCCGCAACAAUAGCUGGCUCUACCAACUGGCGAUGGACAUUGGCACCCCUUACCAGUUUAAUGGGUCCGGCUCAGGAAAGUGGGAAGGUGGUCCCAGCAAGAAUUCCGUCUACAUCUCCUCAUUGUAUUUCACUAUGACAAGCCUUACCAGUGUGGGCUUUGGAAACAUUGCCCCAUCCACAGACAUCGAGAAAAUCUUUGCAGUGGCCAUCAUGAUGAUUGGCUCACUUCUCUAUGCCACCAUCUUCGGGAACGUGACAACCAUUUUCCAGCAGAUGUAUGCCAACACCAACCGGUACCAUGAGAUGCUCAACAGUGUUCGGGACUUCCUGAAGCUCUACCAGGUGCCAAAGGGCUUGAGUGAGCGAGUCAUGGAUUAUAUCGUGUCCACCUGGUCCAUGUCCAGAGGCAUCGAUACAGAGAAGGUUUUGCAGAUAUGCCCCAAGGACAUGAGAGCUGACAUCUGCGUGCACCUGAAUCGCAAGGUGUUCAAGGAGCACCCAGCUUUCCGGCUGGCCAGCGACGGCUGCCUGCGGGCACUGGCCAUGGAGUUUCAGACAGUGCACUGCGCCCCGGGGGACCUUAUCUACCAUGCAGGAGAGAGUGUUGACAGCCUCUGCUUCGUGGUCUCCGGCUCCCUGGAGGUGAUCCAGGAUGACGAGGUGGUGGCUAUUCUAGGGAAAGGAGACGUGUUUGGAGACGUGUUCUGGAAGGAAGCCACUCUUGCCCAGUCCUGCGCCAAUGUUAGGGCCUUGACCUACUGUGACCUGCAUGUGAUCAAACGGGAUGCCCUGCAGAAAGUGCUAGAAUUCUACACGGCCUUUUCCCACUCCUUCUCCCGGAACCUCAUUCUCACCUACAACUUGAGGAAGAGGAUCGUGUUCCGGAAGAUCAGUGAUGUGAAGCGGGAGGAGGAAGAGCGCAUGAAACGCAAGAAUGAGGCCCCCCUGAUCUUGCCCCCGGAUCACCCUGUCCGGCGACUCUUCCAGAGGUUCCGACAGCAGAAGGAGGCCCGGCUGGCAGCGGAGAGGGGCGGUCGCGACCCGGAUGACCCGGACGUGGAGAAGGGCAGUGCCAUCCCUGAGCACGCGGCCAACCACAGCCUGGUGAAGGCCAGCGUGGUCACCGUGCGCGAGAGCCCCGCCACGCCCGUGGCCUUCCAGGCAGCAUCUGCGGCUGCGGUGUCGGACCACGGCCGGCUGCACGCGCCCGGCGCCGAGUGCCUGGGUCCCAGGGCGGCCGGCGGGGACUGCGCCAGGCGCAAAGGCUGGGCCCGCUUCAGGGAUGCCUGCGGCAAGGGCGAGGACUGGAGCCAGGUGGCCAAGGCCGAGUCCAUGGAGACGCUCCCAGACAGGACCAAGGCGUCCGGAGAGGCCACCCUCAAGAAGACGGACUCCUGUGACAGCGGCAUCACCAAGAGCGACCUGCGUCUGGACAACGUCAGCGAGGCCAGGAGCCCCCAGGACCGGAGCCCCAUCCUGGCGGAGGUCAAGCAUUCUUUCUACCCCAUCCCCGAGCAGACGCUGCAGGCCACGGUCCUAGAGGUGAAGCACGAGCUGAAGGAGGACAUCAAGGCCUUGAACACCAAAAUGACAAAUCUUGAGAAACAGCUCUCUGAGAUACUCAGGAUAUUAACUUCCAGAAGAUCCUCUCAGUCUCCCCAGGAGCUGUUUGAAAUAUCGAGGCCCCAGUCCCCAGAAUCAGAGAGAGACAUUUUCAGAGCAAGCUGAGUGGUCUCUCUGAAAUAAAAGUCAAAGACCAAAACCCACCACUCUGCCCUGGACACCACCCCCA